CUGUCGCAAGUUCCGCCCCGCUCAGCGCCCAGACUGCUGCAUUGACCGCACAGAGCAUCAGGGACGGACUUUCACUCUCCUAUCCAUCAUCACAAUGGGAAUUAUUCCGUUCUUUCAGAACCGAGCUCUGAUCCCGUACUAUCUAAAGCCAGUCCACUUCGAGACACAGACUAUAAGAAGCUGCCGGCGGAGGGAGAGACAGCUGUAAAGAUAUAUAUUAUUUGCCUUAGCCUGUGUUUAGUGUUUCUACCAGGGGAGCCCGGUACUAACCCCGGGCUGACGUACCACCGUUUGAAAUGAGAACACGUAUUUCCAUACAAUUUGGAGAUGGGCAUUUGCGGUAUUGAGCUGAGUCUUUUGGGGAAAUACAUCAGGAAAAUGUUGGUGGUCUACAUUUCGGUGGCGCUGCUGUGUAUGCUGGUGGUUGCCCCUGCCCCCCCGCCCCCCAGCCCUGGCCCCUCGGGGCCCCUGUCCACCCGCCACUACUACCACCCCCACCCCCCCACGAGUGCUCGGCUGCUCUGUGACAAGUGUCCUGCUGGCACCUACGUGUCCCGCCACUGCACCCCCGCCAGCGUGAGGGAGUGCAGCCGUUGCCCCAGCGACACCUUCACCCCCGGGGAGACGGGGGCCCAGCAGUGCCACCCCUGCCGGCCGGCCUGCCCCCCUCACCUGCUCCAGAAGCAGCCCUGCUCGCCUGUCCAGGACCGCCUGUGCGUGUGCCCGCCAGAGAGCUUCUCCCUGGGGGGCGUGUGCCAGCCCCUGAGCAGGUGCCCCCCCGGGGAGGGGGUGAGGAGGCGGGGGGGCGAGAGGGAGGACGUGCGCUGCAGGCCCUGUGCCAGGGGGAGCUUCUCCGACAAGGCCUCUAGCGUGCUCAGGUGCCGACCACACACAGACUGCCUGGAGCAUGGCCUGGUGCUGCUGCAGCAGGGAACCAAGGACUCUGAUAACAUCUGUGGGCCUGCCCCCUCCCUCUCGCCUCUGGGAUCUGCACUCGCUGGCUUUGAACAGGAUGGCUCCACCUCCUCCAGCCUGCCAGCUGACAGGGGUCUGAGAGCAGGUGUGCAGGACCUGGAUCUCUCCUCAGGGCUGCUGGUCUUCGCUCCCUCAGGAACCCUGGAGACCCUGACCCUGGCCUUCACCCCCACCCCUCCUCCAGCCUCCAGUCCCAGCCCCAGCCUCAGCCCCACACACACCCCCAGCCCCACAAACACACCCCCUCCAGCCUCCACCCCUGGCCCCACACACACCACUCCUCUACCUCCCACCCACCGCAAGCACAGCGCCACCCGCGGGCACCCCCCCCCCUUCCGGGGGGUUGGAAGAUGGAGAAGACUCAGGGGGCAGGGUGGGGCGUGGCGGAGGGGGGUACAAGCCCCCUAGGAGGGGCUCCCCUCGCCCCAGCGCCCACAGCCACUUCGACAUUAAUGAGCACCUGCCCUGGAUGACGGUGCUGCUGCUGCUGGUGGGGUUGCUGC